AUGCCUCGAAUGGGCCGCGCACUUCGCUUCAUUUGCGCGCUUGUGGCCACUUCAGUGCCUGUUGAAGGUGCUGUUACCAGGCAAGAACAGGAUGACCAAUGCGUCCUACAACUCAGCGCGACGGCACCGCCACGAGUUGCAAUCUUCAUGACCACCCAUUGGAGUACGAUGCACCAGCAGUUCAUGCCCUGCUGGGAAACUGCAGGACAGCAGCUUACCCUCAUCCGAGAUUCCGAUCUCAUCCUGUACACGGACGUGAAUAUCAGCGGCACAGACCUCGAGCGACUUCACUUCCGCAACAUCUUCAUCAAGCACUAUCAGACACCAGGGAAACAAGCAGGCGCCACUCAAGCCGUGAUUGACGGGUUUGGGUCAAAGGGGCAUCAAGAGAAAUGGUUCGACCGCUAUGAUUGGGUUGUGAGAGUCAAUCCGGACGUGUUGAUCAUGGACGAUGCCUGGCUGCUGGAGAUGAUGGCGAAUCCGUCCGUGGACGCCAUACUUGCAGACUGCUUCGGCCUGAUCCACACAGACUUUUUCGCGGUCCGCCCACGCGUCAUUGACGCCAAACUAGCGGAAGGCUGCAGUCCAUCAAGCCCCGAGCACCGCAAGAUAAACGCCGAGGUGCAUUUCACAUGCGUCACAUCACCCAUUAUCUCAUCGGGUCGCUAUGUCUGGGUCAAAGGCGUGCAGCACUGGGGAAAGGCAUGUCGCGUGAAGGGAGCCGAAUCGCCAGUCCUACACCAGCAUGCCUUUUGGAAGUGCUGCCCCGAUUAUCUCUCGCCACAGGCCAAUUGUUCGAGGGGCCCGGAGCAGGAUCUGCUGCAACUCAGCUCCAAGGCGAACUUCACGGAGCAGGUCUCUUGA